CACAACACAGUGACCUAGCGAGGGUUAACGCCAGCACCACUGUGUUCCCUCCUUCUGACGUUGAGUGAGCGCUCACACAUACUUACACACACUUUCUCCACUGAGGCCGGCAGAGAGACGGAGAGAGAGCGAGCCAGCUGUCGUCCUCUCAGCGCUGGCUCUUUCCUCCUUCUCGCUGACUCCCGUGUUCUCCACUGGCCUCAUCACCACAUGGGACUCCAGACCUGGCCACCAAUCGAACUACAACUUUUCCCUAUGGCGUGCCUUGACGUGGAGACCCCUUCCAUCUGCAGGGGUAAAUUCAAAUCAGUCCUGCAGCUCUGUCUGCAGCAGAGGAGAACUCGGGAGCAACUUGUGGACCAAGGCAUCAUGCCGCCCCUAAAAGCACCUGCUGCCUUCCAUGAGCAGAUUCGCAGCCUGGAGAGAGCCAGGACUGGGACCUUCCUGAAGCACAAACUCUGCAGCCGACCCGGACGUUCUGAGCUGGUCCGCAUGCACAUCCUACAAGAGACACAUGCAGAGCCCUCCCUGCAGGCCACACAAAUGAAGCUGAAGAGGGCCAGACUGACUGAUGAUCUCAAUGAGAAGAUCGCCCAGAGGCCCGGACCCAUGGAGCUGGUGGAGAAGAACAUCCUGCCUGUGGACCCCGGUGUUGAGGAGGUUAAUAAUGGUGGUAGCAAGGUGGAUCGUGCGAAGACACCUGACACUUCGGAUGUGUACAACUUUGAUGAGGACAGCAGCGAUGCCUUUUCACCGCAACGUCCUGCAAGCCAACACUCUCCCAGCUCUACAUCGGCCUCGCCGCGGGAGUCUGAAGAGGCCACUCUUAUGUUAAAAACGACCAUACAGCACUCCCCGCCACCCAGCUCACAGUCUGCAUCAGAUUUAAACAACCCUAUGCCCACCGGUGAGCAACAAAGCAACCUACAAUCAACUCAACCUCAACCUGUCACCACUGUCGUCACCUGUGUUACACCGGGGCCAGUUCUUGUGAAGCAAAGCUUGGCUAAGCCUCCUGCUGAAAAAAGCCGCAGCAAAAAGAGCAAAGAGCCCAAACCACGAGUGAAGAAGUUGAAGUACCAUCAGUAUAUUCCCCCGGACCAGAAACAAGAGCUUAAUGACGUGCCAAUGGACUCUGCUUACGCCCGCCUCCUGCAGCAACAGCAGCAGUUCUUGCAGCUCCAGAUCCUAAACCAGCAGAAGCAGCAACAGCAGCAGUACAAUUACCAGGCCUCCAAGCUCAACAGACCAACAACUGAGGUACAAACCAGCUGUUCUAACAUUGCUUUUAGUGGAAACGCUGCGUCUGCCCCUUUGCAGCUCCACCACAUGAACCGCAAGCCGGAUCACUUACCAGCUAAUCUGGACGAGAUGAAGGUAGCUGAGCUGAAAAUGGAAUUAAAACUCAGAUCUUUGCAUGUUUCUGGGACCAAGACUGAGCUGAUCGAGAGGCUAAAGCUGUAUCAGGAGAACUCUAGCAUCCAGACUGCUGCUCCCAUCGAUGCAGCAAUCUCACAGUCAGAAACUCCUAAAUUAACCCCACCAGUGUCCCCUAUUGCUUCUAGAGUCUCUAAUCUGGGCAUAGAAGAUAAUAGUACGGCAGACAGUCCAACAAAACUGCUUUCAGAUGCUCCAGCCCAUCAUGCUCCCUGCAUGAGCUCCCCACAGAGUGCGCCACAUGAGGAGUGUCCCAUGGACACAAAAUCCCACGAGCAGGACUCUGAAAAGGACAAACGGCUACAUGAAAAGGAGCGUCAAAUUAAGGAACUAAUGAGGAAGCUGGAGCAGGAGCAGAGGCUGGUGGAGGAACUGAAGAUGCAAUUGGAGGUGGAGAAAAGGAGUCAACAGGGAGACUCUCCAUCUCAGCUCAGUCCUCUGCUUCUUGUCAAGGUCAAAGAGGAACGCAGGACUCCGUCAAACUGCACUGCAUCCUGCAGCUCUCCUGGUCUGCCAGUACUGGUCAAACAGGAAGAGCCUGCAGAUCAGAGCCACAUAGCCAGUCAAAAUCAAUUCAUUCUCGGUCACCAGACCAUCACACAGUCUGAAUCCCGUCAGCCUGCGCAGGCCGGAGCUCAGAUCCUACUGCCCGCAUCCCUUCCUGCCUCAGCAGCCACUAUCCAGCUCCCCACCAAAGGCAUUGCAUUACACACAGGCCUUAUCCAGGCUUCUGGAUCGGUGCCACAGAAAACAGAGGCCUCAGCAGUAAUACAUCAGCAAUGCAGUACUCAAACCCAGCCACUGGCAAAGACGUGGAGGAUUAAUACCGCGGCACAGAACUUUCUCAAUACAUUCCCAGUGAGUGGAUGCACUGCAGGAGUUUCUUCAGGCCAGGCUCUUCCCAAAGGACCUACAAAUAAGCCUCCCUGUUCCAGCCAGUCUCCAAACAGUUUGAUCUUGCAGCAUCCAAAAUUCACGAACCACGUGUCAAAGUGUAAAGACCCACCGCGCUAUGAGGAUGCCGUUAAACAGAAACACAGCAUGUUAACAGCUGUUCAGGGUCCCACUGCGGCCAGCCAGGAGAUGGAUGACCUGUUUGACGUGUUGCUGGAGAGUGGUGAGAUCUCCCCCUAUAUUACACAGGAUCCUCCCAACCUGGAUAAGCUUCUUGUGGUGACAGCUAGUGUAACCACCCUUCCCAUCAACACAGCUUUAUCCCGCCCUCCACCCUUAGUCCAGGUAGCAAAGCCGCCUGCGUGCGUGACCUCCGACUCCCGGCUGGAAACCCUCCUGGAGGGCGCACUGCUCCCUGACACAGAACCACAAAAACUGAAGCUGAUGGAGGAGUUACAUGCACCUGGGGACACCAUGGAAGUGGAUUUUAAUGACAACAUGUCCACCUCUGCUCUCAACAUGGACAACAUGGAUUGGCUGGAUCUCACUCUGUCUGUGCCAGCAGAGGAGGGUCACUCUUUGGAUGUGUCGGUGCCAGUAGGCGUCUUCUCGUCUGACUUCCUGGACUCUAGUGAACUGCACUUGAACUGGGACUGAGUGCUGUCAAGUCGAUCGCUUUUCAUUGUGAGAGAAGACUGCUUUUGUUUCCAUGAGACAAUAAGAGCUGUUUGGAUGCUUCAGCAGCUCCGUUCUGCUUUCCAGACAGAUAAAUCAGCUCUGUAAUAAUCUCAUCGUGCAACAUCACUUUAGAAGUUGCUGAACUGCUUCCUUUGAGGUCUCUAAAUCCUCUGGUUGUAUCGGGAGACAGAUAAAGUUAGAGUGGUACUGGCAGUUUGAGCUGAAAGUGGAAGUAAGCUUUUAAGAUUUCCAUCUCAAGACACGCCGCUGAUUUGUUAUCAGUCUCAUUUAAUGUUAUUGAUUCCUCUUAGUCCUCUGAUCUCAGUGAAUGUAGAGCUUUACAGUCAGCGUGGUGUGAGCAGAAAGAGCAGGAAAAUGUCCCAAAUCCUGGCCACAGUGCUAACGGCCAAACAGCGAACGUAGCUGAGGGCUGCUGUGUAGUUUACUCCACCCUGUCUUGGAAUGAUUAUCACUAUCAAAACAGAUUGUAAACACACAACCGCUGCACGAUCCUUGUGUGUAUGUGAAUUGUGAAGUAUAAAUCAGAUGUUUAAUUUGAGCUGGGAGUGUGAAUAUGAUGAAAUUAGAAAAGGGGCCACAACAAGCAGCCCAGCUGCUCUGACUAAACCAAGGCCAGUAUUUAUUACCAAAAAAAACCCAUGUUUUCCUCUCUUGCACUUUG